UGAGUUUUGACUUCUGCUUGCUGUCCUAACUGAUGGUGGAAAUUCUCUAGCAAGGAAAAGCAGAAAUAAUCCUUUGUGAUAAGUUAUCUGUUGAAUUCGAAACGUACCUAAGUAUUCGCUAGUUCACCAGUAUGGUAACUGUCAUCCUCUCUUUUUGGUGUGUUUUGCACUUCAUUGCUUCUGCACCUUAGCACCAACUCUUAUUUGAAACUGCAUUUGACUAUGAUAUUAAUUAAUUACAUUUUGUGACAUUGAUGACUUGAGUUUGAAUGAAAACCACCAGGAAUUGUUAAAGCGAUACAUGCAAUUUGCAAGAUAUCAACGCGCUCAGAACAUGAAAGCUAUGCAAUGUGCAUUUCAAGAUGUUAUUGAUUCCCGACUUAUGGAGGCAACAUACACUGCAGAGGAAGUACGAGAUAUGUUGACUAGCCUCAGUGAUGUAGUUCGUGGUGACAUGGAAACUGAGCUUAUGAGCUUUGCGCACAUAAAUGUUUUACUUAUUCAACAACUAUGCUCCCAAGCCGAAAAAUGGCAUCUUAAACUGAAAGCUGAUUUGGAUAAGCUACAGAAUGUAGAACUUCUUGAAAAAGUCAAAGCCUGGGAAAAAGGAGAAGAUCAACCCUUUGCUGCUCGAAGACCAGAUAAAUUGGAACCUUUGUCAAAUGAGAGUUCUCAAGGACCUGUACAGCUCUUAAGAGAGCAGAAUGAUCUAUUGCGCCAGGAAGUCACAAGCAAUCAGAGCACAAUACAUGAGCUCCAGGGACAGAUCCACCGUGUGGAACACGAGCGCAACUUACUGCAAAGAAAUAUUGCUGAAAUUAAAGUUGAGAUGGACCAAAUCCGUAAGGCUAGCAUGUCCCAAAAAACAGAGCUGCAGAACCAUCACAUUGAGGAGGUUGAGAGUAAACUGAAUGCAAUGAGCAGCAGUCUUAAAGAAACUGAAGAAGGACGUCAGGAGGUGCAGACCCAACUAGACCAAACAAGUGGAAAGUUACUCCAAGUUCAGGCACAGCUUCAACUGGCAGAACAGGAACUGGAGCGCAAGUUCAGCCAGACAGCAGCCUACGCCAACAUGAAGAAAAUGCUGACAUCAAAGAAUGAGCAGAUGAAGGAGCUCCGUAGGAGGCUUCAGUCCUAUGAGCCUGAUGAUCCGGUAGCAGGAGAUGAAUAAUGAAUUUUUGAAACUUAGAUUAUUUUUUUUUAUGGUGAUUGACUCCUCUUGGAACACACUUCUAUUUUUUCAUCCGAGUUCGUAGGGGCAUGUAGCGUUUUUCAAUCACCCUGUACUGUAUUUAUUUAUUUUUUCUUCUAUGGUUGGUUGCUUUAGCACAAAUGUGUUUGCGCAUCUUUAUAAACCUCUUCUUUUCCCGCGCACGCGACACGCGACCAUAUGCGUUCGCUGAUUUGUUGUACGGGAUCAGGAAAAAAAAAAACAGUGUUUGAUUUUGCACUUGCAUAUGUCAAUGUGUACAGAAAGAACGACAACAUAUAUGUACUGCGGCUCAUCAGGUGAAUAAAACAGCCGCAUCUUGG